ACACCAACCAGACGGGUCAGCCCUGUCACUGAGGGCCAGUGGAGGCCACCUUCCUUCGCACAGACCAAGUCCAAUCCGGCAUUGUUGACCUGUAUGCACAUUUGUUGUAUUCCCUCGCCUGCUGCUCAGAGGUUGCAUGCCUGCACACAGCCUGUGAUUAGCUGAAGCCAAAUGCUGGUGUGUACUAGAGUACUAACGGGUAUUGACAGCUGGCUGGCAAGACGUGUGUUAUGGAUUGUUGCCCUAGGCAACAUCAGAUCUGUUACCCGGCUUCAUCACAACGCACACAGCUGCACUUGUCCCCAUGUGAGCAUGUUUUCAUUGGGGGUCGGGUAAAGUUACAGGACUUGGGAUGCUGGGGUGCCAUGCGCAGGUGCAGUGGUACGCACACACUGCAGCCUCAGAGAAGGCCCGCGAGGCCAUUGGCACCUAUGGUGCAGCGGUGACAGCCCUGCUCAUGGUGGUGUGGCCGUACCUGGUGCUGCUGGCAAGCGUGUCUGCCGUGGGCAACCCGGCAAUCCUGUCGGUCCAGGCACCAUGGGGCUUCAUCCCCGUGGGCCUGGAUUACUUCACGCACCCUCACAUUGACAAGGACGAUGCCACACACACCAUUGUGUUCCUGACACUGUGGAAGGCGGCAAGUGGGCGGCAGUGCAAGGACUUCACCAGCCCCAGGGAGCGUGGUCAGCAUGUCAGCCGCAACAUAUUCACGUUUGGUGGCAUCAGCGCAUUCACGCGCUCAUCGGACUGCGACCUGCUGGUCUUCGAUGCGCGGCGUGUCGUGCAUGAUGUGAAGGCUGGGCGGGCGGUGGCUCGCGGGUGGUUGGAGCUCGCGGCACAGGGCAGGUCAGCUGGGCGCGAUGCUGCGAAGAAACUGGGAAUGGAGUUUGAGCAGCGCAUCCAGGAGAACGUCAGCCGUGGCCUUGGUGAGGUGCAGUCAGCGCUGGAGGAGCAGGGUGGCGGGUCCGGGCGGGCUUGAUCUGUCAUGCAUGCGGUUCGAGGGUGGGUGGGUGGGUAGGUAGGUGUAUGUGCAUGGGAGCCAAUGGAUUAAAUAUGCAUGCCAGACUGUCGAAGCCCAGCUGAGACGAGGCUCUUUAUUGCAACAUCAACGCUGUGCAGCUAUAGCAUGAUAGCAUGUGUGCGGCCAGGUCCUGUCAACGUGGCGGUCCUGCGCACUGAAUAUCAAAGUAUACUGGAUGGGCAGUAUUAAGGCCAUCGCUGAAAGGCCAGCGCUGAGCAUGGUGCCGAUGGGCCUGGGCCCCUUUUGAUCUGGAGGGAGUGUGUGUUAAAGUCUGCAUAGCCAUGUAACACAGCAGGCUC